GGUAGAAAAAAUUCGUUUGUCUAGGUAAUUUAUGUAAAAUAAAAAUGAAAGAAAACCACGAAUAUUCUUAAUCUGUCUUGACAAGUUUGGCUACUAUAAGGAUCAAUUUUAAAAUGGCAAGUUCAAGUAAUAAUAGGAUUGUCGUCUUAAUCGACAUGGAUUGUUUUUUCUGUCAAGUAGAAACGAAACUUCAACCAGAAUAUAAUGGGAAACCACUUGCUGUUGUACAAUAUAAUCAGUGGCAACUAGGAGGAAUAAUUGCGGUUAACUAUGAAGCAAGAGAAUAUGGUGUUACAAGGCAUAUGAGAGGUGAAGAGGCUAAAGAAAAAUGUCCGGAUCUUAUUUUAGCUAGUGUACCAUGUCUUCGUGGGAAAUCAGAUACAUCAAGGUAUAGAAGUGCUGGUCGUGAUGUUAUUGAUGUUUUAAGAAAACAUUGCAAUAUAAUAGAACGAGCUAGUGUAGAUGAAGCAUAUUUAGACAUCACUGAUAUUGUUGAUAAAAGAAUGUCUACAAAUUCUAUUACUACUGAAGAUUUAAUAACACAUCUCUGUAAUACAUUUGUUGUAGGAUAUUCGGAAAUUGGAAAAAAUGACGAGGAAGAAAGAAGCGAAGGUACAAAAAGUUGGAUAUCAAAUGUUUUUGAGGAAGUUGAAGAUGUAAACGCUCAAAAACUUGCUGUAGCUGGUGCAAUAGUUGAGGAAUUGAGAUCUGACAUAUUUGCAAAGACAGGAUAUAAAUGCUCUGCAGGCAUAGCGCAAAAUAAGAUAUUAGCCAAAUUAGCAUGUGGAUUACAUAAACCGAACCGUCAAACAAUAUUACCUCCAAGUACAGUAUCCACACUUUAUUCUACAUUACCAAUUAAAAAAGUUAGGAAUCUUGGUGGAAAGUUUGGAGAUGUUAUUGUUGAAUCGCUUAAUUGUAAUGUUAUGGGUGACUUAUUGCAAUACUCAUUGCAAUAUUUGCAGAAACGUUUUGACGAGAAAACAGGGUCGUGGUUGUACAAUAUUGCGCGAGGUAUAGAUAAUGAGCCUGUUACUAUGCGACUUGUGUCAAAGUCAAUUGGUGCGUGUAAAAAAUUUCCAGGGAAACAAGCUAUUACUUCAAUAGAUGUUCUGAAACAUUGGGCUGGUGAAUUGUCGGCAGAAGUCUGCGAACGUCUUGAACAAGAUCAUGAAGAGAACGAACGACGCGCAACAUUGCUGACGAUAUGCUAUCAAUAUUAUCAGAACAAAACUACUGUAUCCCAAUCUCGUUCAUGUACCUUAACUUCGUACAAGCCUGAAAAAAUGGCAGAUCGUUGCGUAGAGAUUGUAUCUAAGUGUACACAUUGUCCGAUUGCAUAUUUAGGAGUAUCGGCUGGUAAAUUUGUACAAGCCAAGGGCAGAGAAACUUUUAUGAAUUUUUUUAAACCAGGUAAAUCUGAACAUCGGGAGAAAACAUGCGGUCAAAUGGAAGUGUCCAAGAUGGAGUGUAUUCAAUUGUCGAAUAAUAAUAGUGCUACGAAAAUGGAUAAUAUAAACAUAAAUAAGAUUAUUACGUCGAAUGUUAAUGAUUGUGAAACGACAAAUACAUCGAAGAGCAAAGUAAAGAAUGUUAAAAAAGGUUCUAUAAAUAACUCAAAAUUAAAUGAACGAAUGACCGAUAUGAAGACAGAUUCGUCGCCUACCUCACGAAGAUUAAAUAAUCUAAUUGAGUCAUUAAAUGAACGAAAUAAGAGAAAGACACUUUACGAGAGGCAACAGGGUAAUUCAAAUGUAAAUGAAUCUUUGGGUCAAAGUGAAUUUAAGGAAUCUUUCUUUAUGAAUAUUCUUAAUCCAAAAGAAGGUACAUCGAAAGACACAUGUGUAGUUAAAACUGCAUUAAUAAAAUUAAAUGACGAUAAAGAUAGUAACAUCAAUUGCGAUAAUUUAAAUGAAAAUCGUAUACAGGAAGAUGGAUCUGAAAAAAAUUAUGUUUUGGGAAGGGCAAUACUCAUAAAUGAUAGAAAUACUGAUUUUAAGACACAUGACUUAAUUGAAAGGGAGCAACCUUCCUCCAGUAUAUAUACCCGUGAAGAUAGUAAAGGUAUCGUUACGCAAUGUACUACUCGUACAAAAUUGCAAGAUAUAUUUCCUAAUUUAGGCGAUAUUGAUCCCGGUAUACUUGCUUUGUUACCUAUGGAGCUACAAGAAGAAGCAAAAUUAUACCUGAAACCACAACGUAAAGAGACUACUAAGGACACUUUACUAAAAAAUUCAAAGGUGAAAAGUAAAUCUAAAACUAAUACAUCUAAAGGGCAACAGAGCAAAGGUAUUUAUACAUUUCUAGUGAAACGAGAUUCGUCUAACACUGCAGACUUCCCUUCUAAGCAAUGUUUACAAUGCUAUCAAAUGAUACCUCUAUCGAAAUAUACUGAACAUUGCGAUUUUCAUGUGGCUGAAAAUUUGCAAAGAGAAUUAAAUAAUCCGAUAUUAGAGACUGCAAGUAUAAAGAGGAAAGUUGACACGUGUGAUCAGAACACGAAUUGCCUAAAACGUCGACCAAAUAUAAAUGUAAAGAAGUCUAAGAAAAAAUUAUAA